AUGCCUCAAGAUGAUGAUGAGUCGCGUUUUGGGAUGGAACUGGAGCUCCUUGAGGCCAUGUACCCCGAACAAAUCGCCUAUGAGUCCAAGAGUCGCGACCUCAAAUUCACAGCGGAAGGCGGGGCAUUGCUGCAGUUGAGGAUACCAGAGGACUACCCGGACUCGGCAUUCCCCGACGUCUUUGGAGCAAGAGAUUCGCAGAAGAACGAUGUGCGAGAGCGUAUGCGGUCUGCGAUCAAGGAUCUAGGGCUUACAGAAGGCGAGGAAGCACUGGACGCCAUCAUUGCGUCCUUCCAGAGUCUGCUUGAGGCGAAUAGUGCCGUUGCUCAAAAAGAACACGAUGCUGAGGCGCAUUCCAACGCUUCAAAAAUUUCCGCACCAAACAAGACGGUCAUCAUCUGGCUGCAUCACCUCCUCGCUCUGUCAAAACGGAAACUUGCGCUGUCUCCGACAUCGAUAUCCGGCAUCACCAAACCUGGCUAUCCGGGCGUCAUGUUGUUCUCCGGUCCCGCUACAGCUGUUACCGAACACGUUGAUACUCUGAAGGCCGAGAACUGGCAAGCUUUCCAGGUGCGGUACGAGGAGGCUGAGCAUUGGGAAUUCGAACACGGUGCCGGAAUCCGGGAAGUGGAGACGAUGGCAGAAGUGGUCAAAGGGCUACAGGAGAAGAGGCGGGAUGAGUUCCUGAAGGCGGUGGGGAUAAAAUAA